AUGCUUUCAAGUUCAGUUAAAAGACCAAAAAACUACCGUAACGUUGUUCCAGCUUGGCAAAAAACGUUGGUUGAAUUCUUGAACAUGAAAGGAGUAAAAACAACCGUGGAAAAAACUACUAGGAAGAAUUCAAGAAAGCCCGUUGCCAUAAAAAAGAAAAAGGGUAAAUCGUUACAACUAAUAGAUCUUGUAGACUCGCUUCCUGAUACUUGUGAAAGUUACAAUAUUUUCGUUCUUGUGAUUUCUGUGAAUGCAAUUGACGAUGGCUUGAUUCCAUGUAUCAUCAUUGUAGACAAAGAGAAAAUUCAAUCAAUUAUGAACGUAAACACAAAUGGAUUUAUCAAGUUCGAGAUCAGCGAGAAAAAGUUUUCUGGUAAAGUAGCUGCUAUUUCAGCAUCUAGAACUCAACUUGAAAAGGUGUUAACUGAGUUUAUUUCAAAACGUGAAAAGUUGAUUGAUGUAACAUUGAUUGAGCAAGAUAAAUUGAUAUACUCAUGUACCUCGGUGAUACCUAUCGAACAAGCAUUAGAAUCAGAGAUUCUAGUAAUAGCUCUUCAACAUCUCUUGAAAGAAAACGAAAACCUUAAUCAAGAUCUUGGAGACAUCGACCAAACGUUGAUAGAGCAACAAGAAGAGAUGGGAAACACAACGAGAAUUUAUCAUGAUAACGGAGAAGCUACUUCAUCAAGAACCGAAGAAUUCUACGAGGUUGACACUUUAGUCGAUCCAUGUACAAGUAACAAUGAUGAUACAGGUUUUCUUGAUGGUAACCCGAUCGUGACCGAGCAUCAAACAGAUGGAAAAGAGAGAAUGAAAACCAGGAAAUCUAGAAUCAAGAAAUACUUUGCUGAUAAUAAGCUUAUGGCUAGAAUCAAGAAUGCUGCUAUAGCGAAGAAAAAACAGAAAGACGAUAAUCUUAAAACAUCGUUAAGUUUCCUUAAGCAAAUGAUUCCAACAAUGAGAUCAACAAAGCCUUAUAAGCCCGUAUUCGAGCACAUGUUACAGGCCAUCAUGAACCUUGAUAGUAAAAUUGACGCAAAUGAGAAAACAAAAUCGAGAAAUGCUGGUUAUACGAUUGAAAAGAAAAUUGAGGUUAAGAAACUCAAAGAUAAGGAUAUCGUUUCGAUAGAUGGAAAGAUUGAGGUACCUUUAUCCAGUUAUGGUUAUUGUAUUCAAGCCGACACCCCUCAUCUCAUUGUAUCAAGAUUCUUUAGAAAAUGUAUAUCUCGAGAAUUGAAACAAGGAAGCGAGCUAAGUGAUUCAUUAUCACUAGAUAACUUUAUUUAUAAAAUUGGAUCUGAAACCUUGACUGGUAAAGAGAGACUCGAUGAUGGGCAGCAAAUCAUUGAUACAAUAAUAAAUCAUGCUCAUCAAGUACUUGAACAAGAAUAUGUCAACUUCAAGGAGUAUCGAGAAUGUGUUACGCAAAUAGCAAAAGCAAUUUAUGACACGAAUCGUGAAGACAGGAAAAGGCCAAGCUAUAACGAAAUGGAGCCAACGAUUAACAAAAGGAAAAAAAUUUCACUUGAAUUAAGUGAUGAUGAAACCAUUUUGGGUGAAAAUGAUCAUGAGCUUGAAUCACAACAUGAAAGCACAAAUCAUGAGGAAAAUAUUCAAGAAAAAGUUUGGAUAUAUCUAAAUUAA